AUGACCGACCAAGACAGCUCCUACAGACCCCGAUCCCCCGAUUUCUCGUCUCUCCCCUCCGUGCUGCCUGCCUCCGACCCUGCCGCGGCCGCCCCCCCGCUGACGCUGACGAGCCCCGUCGCCCACCGCGCCUCGUACGACGCCUCGCCCUUCUUCACCACCCCGCCGAGUCGGAUCCCCCAGCAAUACGUGCCCCCCGGCAGCCCUGAGGACGUCGCCAGCAGCAGCAGCUAUUCUUCCGAGAUGGCCAGGCGUUCUGCUCGUGUCGCACGCGUUGCCGACCCCGAACCCACCGUGCCCAUGCCCGUCGCGGUUGCCCCCGAGGCCGCCGCCCCCUUCGUCGAACCGCCCAUGCUGCCGGAGGAGCCGAUAAAACAGAGUCCCGCGGCCGGCAUCGAGGUCAAGACCAAGUUUCCCGUCGCGCGCAUCAAACGCAUCAUGCAGGCGGAUGAGGAUGUGGGAAAAGUCGCCCAGGUGACUCCAAUUGCUGUUUCCAAAGCGUUGGAACUGUUCAUGAUCCAACUCGUCACCAAAGCAGCCAAGGAAGCCAAAGACCGGAACUCGAAACGCGUCACGGCCCUCCAUCUCAAGCAGGCCGUCGCCAAGGACGAGGUGCUCGACUUCCUCGCCGACAUCAUCGCCAAGGUCCCCGACCAGCCCGCUGGCGGGCGCAAACACGAAGAUGACGGCAGCGACCACAACGAGCCCAAGCGGAAGCGCGGCGGUCGCCGGCCCAAGGACGACAGCGACUAA